AAUCUCCAACCCUUUUGCAGAAAGUAGGUCACAAUUUAGGGAUACUGUACUCUCCAGCAUUACAACCUGUCAUCCACAACCUUACAAAUUUAUGAUUUAUAUUCUCUCUCUCUCUCUCUCUCUCUCUCUCUCUCUAUAUAUCCAUGCAAUAUAUAUAUAUAUGCACUAUCUCUCUCUCUUCCUAACACACACACACAACCACUCAGCUGAGAUUGCUUACAAAAAUGGGGAUAUGCAGUUCUAGCGAGUCAAGUUGUGUAGUAGCGACGGCUAAGUUGAUAUUGGAAGAUGGGAGACUACAAGAAUACUCCUAUCCCGUUAGAGUCUCUUACCUUUUGCAAAAAUUCCCUGACUCUUUUAUCUGCAAUUCCGAUGAAAUGGGAUUCGACGACGUCGUUUUGGGUGUCACCGACGAUGAGGAGCUCCAGCUUGGCCAAAUCUACUUCGCCCUCCCCCUCUCCCUCCUCAACCGCCGCCUCCUUCCCCAGGAUAUGGCCGCAUUGGCCGUCAAAGCCAGCUCUGCUCUUGGCCGGAAUCUUGUCGUCUUCUCCGCCAAGAAUCCGCCGGGAAAUGCUGGAUCUUGGCGCCGGAGAGGGAAGUUCUCGGCGAGGUUGAAUGUCAUACCCGAAUGAAUAGGUCCAAAACCAAAAUGUAGUAGGAAUUCAAUUGUUCAUAUUCCUAUUAAUUAAGUGGGGCAUUCACAUUUUACCCCAGUAAUAUCAUUUAA